AUGCCUAGACACAGCAAGCGCUCAACCCGCAAAGUCGGCUUCCUCGACGCCCUAGGCCAAUGGACAAUGGGUCCUUCUCACAAACGCGGCCCUCGCUGCCGUCGUCACCCACGCAGCACAUCCGCAACCCGCGAAGCUCGCCUCGCAAACGCCCCGGAGGACCUCAACCUCACAGCCCGUCAAUGGCGCCAAUACGCUGACGUCCCUCCUGAACCACAAGAUGAGUGUGACUGCAGUGACUGCGGUGAGGACUGUUCUGACGAUGACCAGAAGCCGCUUGUGAGUGCUGAGCCGCUGCAGAGGAUCUGUUCCAGGUGGUCACACUCUGAGGGGUCGGCGUUAACGCGUGAACCGGCGCCUGUUCAUAGAGAUUCAGGGCUGAAUCGCAUUCUGGGGAGGGUUGAGGCGGAGAUGGCGGAGGAGCACAGGCUUAGACAUAUGGUGAGUUAUGAUGCUGAUAAUGAUGCGCUGUUUGCGAACAUUCCUCGGCGGGACCAGAGGAGUCCAGGUGAGAUCGUCGUCCACCGUCAUCGUCUCGGCGACGGAGAGGAUUACCUUGCAGUCGAGACCUUUGGACACGGCGAUUCAAACCAUGGCGACGCGGAUGUUCAGUCCGUACGGUCAUCGCAGUUCUUCCUGAACCCUCGUGAAGCACCCCCCGUGCCUCAAGAUGUCUGGCCUUCAUCACUUCAGCAUGUCCCGGACAGCACAAAGACUAGAAUCCAGUCGUGGAGGGAUUGCGUCAAGGAUGCGCCGGAGCCGGAGCUGGAGCCGGAGCCUUCGCCUUACGGUGAUUGUUGA